AUGGUUUCUGAUCCGGACGAAAGAAUGAUGAUUGAUUUACAAAUGGAUGCCUUUAAAAAUGCCAGAGGGCUUUUUGGGUUGCCUACUGCUGUGAUGACAAGAACAAAAAAAACUCCAGCUAACUGGUGGGAUUCAUAUGGGGAUGAAUGUCCAAAGCUUAAAAACUUUGCCAUAAGAAUUUUAAGCCUCACUUGUAGUUCCUCAGGCUGUGAACAAAAUUGGAGUGCAUUUGAAAUGAUUCAUACAAAGAAAAGAAAUCGAUUGCAUCAACAAAAAAUGAACGAUUUAGUUUUUGUGAUGUAUAAUUUGAAAUCAAAGCGAAGGCAUGAGAAACGAGCAAGCAAGCCAAUCACACAACCAAUAGUUUUGGAUGAGUUGCCGUCUGAUGAUGAGUGGAUAGCAGAGGUAGAAGAACCUAUUCUUCCAACAAAUGAUGCAUGGUUCACUAAUCUUGAUAGAGCAGCUAGGAGAUUUGCUAGAAAAGCUACAAGAAAUGGAGAUGAAAUUCAUGAAGACCAUGAUGAUGAAAUCGAUGAAGUAACAAAUUUGAGCGACAAUGAUGAUGAGAUUGCAUCAACUUAUAUAGGCUCAAAUGAAUUUAAUGAUGAUGAUGAAUUUGGUGAUGGCAACAACUUUGAAAAUGAGCCAGCUAGUGUAGGAGGAACUGAUGUUAGAAGUGAUGAUGUUGAUUAUGGCAAUUUGAGUUUUGGAUAUGAUGAUUGA